AUGUCCAUUUCUCAAACAAACUUAGACGGUAUUUUACCUUUAAUUGGUAGAGGUAAAGUUAGAGAUAUCUAUGAGGUCGACGAAAACACUCUUUUAUUUGUUGCUACCGAUCGUAUUUCUGCCUAUGAUGUUAUUAUGGAAAAUACCAUUCCAGAUAAAGGUAUCUUAUUAACUAAACUAUCUGAAUUUUGGUUUGAAUAUUUGAAAGAUGAUGUCAGAAAUCAUCUGGUUAAUAUUCCAAAGGAUAAAACUGUUUUUGAUUAUUUACCAAAAGAAUUGAGUGAACCAAAAUAUAAAUCCCAGAUUGAGGGAAGAUCAAUGUUGAUUCAAAAAUUUAAAUUGAUCCCAUUAGAAGUUAUUGUUCGUGGUUAUAUCACUGGUUCUGCUUGGAAAGAAUACCAAAAGACCAAGACAAUACAUUCUAUUCCUCAACCAGAUGGUCUUGAGGAAUCACAAGUCUUACCAAAGGCUAUCUUUACUCCUUCUACUAAGGCUGAACAAGGUGAACAUGAUGAAAACAUUUCAAUUGAACAAGCUGCUGAAUUAGUUGGCAGAGAUAUGACAAAGAGAAUCGAAGCACUAUCAAUUAAGUUGUACUCUAAAUGUAGAGAUUAUGCAAGUAGUAAAGGUAUUAUCAUUGCUGAUACUAAAUUUGAAUUUGGUAUUGAUGAAAAAACUGAUGAAAUUAUCCUAGUUGAUGAAGUUUUAACCCCAGAUUCUUCAAGAUUCUGGAAUAAGAAUUCUUAUAAACUUGGAACAUCUCAAGACUCUUAUGAUAAACAAUUUUUAAGAGAUUGGUUAACCUCUAACAAAUUUAAUGGUAUCCCAGGCGUGAAGAUGCCACAGGACAUUGUAGAACAAACAAGAUUUAAAUACAUAGAAGCUUACGAAGCCUUAACAGGAUCCAAAUUCUAA